AUGAAAUCAAACAGAGAUUUUCGGUUGCUUUUACAAUGGAUGAAAAACAGUAUUAAGUCUUGUUGUUCUUCACGAUCGAAGGUAAUCAAAUGUCAAGCACAAGAAGAAAACAAUAAAAUUUUACGUCUAGAUAUGGAAGAAAGGAAAAUGUUACCGCCUUCUGUUGAUUCUCCCAUGGAGCUUCUUCAUCAUAGAAACGCCCAACGAAUAAAUAGUUUAGCAGAAUGA